AUGUCAACCAUAAAUGACACAAAUACGAAUCUAGUCUGUAUACUAUCUGCCACCGCUUUGGUGUAUACUAUUCAUCACGCUCACAAAUUUGAUCGAUGCAGAUGUCUUAUCCCAAACAAGAAAGACUGGUUUAGGGCUCUCUUGACUUGGAUGCUCCUGUUAUGUGAGAUUGGAAUGUUCAUUUGGGGAGCUGGGUGGGCAUAUGUCAAAUAUCAAUUGGGAUGGAUGUAUAUACCUCAAAAGGGGACGAUGCCAGUUCCCACCAUACUCUACACUGAAGAUUAUAAAGCUCUUAACACUCCGUUGACAGUAUGGGUAUGCAUAUCCUUUUCUCUACAAGUAUCGUUAAAUGCCGAAGAAGGAUUAUAUUGGUGGCAUUUAAUGAGAGCAAUACGUAGACCGAAAAGUGGAAAAAGCUGGUUCAGAUCACCUUUCUUCUUCAUUUGGCUAUUGAUCAGUAUCAUAACGCCAAUUGGAAUUAUCGGUACUGGAUGGAUAGGAUAUGAAGGUAUGGAUACUCAGAUGGGUAGAAUGUUCGUAGCUGGUGGUGUCAUCGAAGCUUUAGUCUGUUUAUCAGCUUCGACAGUAUUACUCAGAUUUCCGAAAUUUCUGAAUAAUGUAAAACGAUCAGGUGCUGGACCUGAAGUACGCUCAAGAUUACAUUUUUACCAUGAAGCCAAUAAAGUUCGGACUUUUUUUCGAGCAAUUUUCACCACUUGUAUCCUAAUUCUAGGCGUUGACGCUUUGACGAAAGAGAGGAAAAUCAACAUGAACCACAUAGCUGCUGACUUGUUACAUCAAAUUUCAUUUGGGUCGUAUUUCUUUGCCAAUAUAGUCUCAGUCAUGGUCUAUCUCCCUCGAAGUUACAGUAGUACCCCUGCAGGACAGCAGGUUAUGGUCGGCCAACAACAACAAGAACAGGGACUACCUGUACCUUCACAUCAGAAUUCGAUGGAAGCAGGAAAUGCAAUCGAUCGAAGAGCCAGUCAGACUUUGAUGUCAUUACUUCGAGAAGGUGGACAAUGGGAUAAAGACGAUGAUUUGCGUAUAGCUCUCAGUAAGAAAGGUGAUGAUUCACCACUUAGAAAUGAGGUUAAUUGGGAUGAAGAAACUGCUAUCAAUCCAUCGAUGGAUCAAAAGAAAUUGAGGAGAUUGACAGUUUUGCAGAAUUGGAGAACACCUUUUAGUGUACCCCACAAUAGACCCAAAUUGCCAUCUUCAACUUGA